UCGCCAUUUUUGUCCUGACUCUUCUCCGGUGUUAUACGUCAAGCCUUUCUAUCUGCGAUUGCCUGCAUUUUUCAAGUGUGAAUUAUUGUUGCAAAAAGUUGAAAUCAGGCAGUGAAAAGUGCUUUAAACAAUAGUUAAACUUACCAGGAAACGUUCUGUGGUAAUAGAAGCCAGAAUAAGACCCAUUGCCGGGUGAUUUUGGCAGUUGAAAAGUUGAAUUUUUCAACCCAUAAGACCUCCGAGUGGGUGACGAAGAGGAAAAAAUCCUGUGUUUAUUAGGCACAAUAAUGGCUGCUUACGGCAGCAGCGAUUGAGUAGCAAAGCAAGCCUAAUAUUCUGUUCUGUUUGAAAGGUGUGAAGCCAGCACGGGCCAAGGUGGCCACCGUAAUCAUACCGUCAGCAUGAGUGAGUCCGAGGAGGAAUCUGUAACCCGCGGUGGUCGAUCAUUGCGACGUCGGGGAGGAACACGGGUUUCAGGUGCAACCGGCAGACGGUUGCAGGAUGAUAGCGACACGGCAGAAAGCAACGGUAGCGAUAGUGGAAGCGAAAUCGAACAACCUGCACGCAAGAAGAAGGGCAAAAAAAUUCUAGAAGAAAAAGAUGAGGCGGGUCCGAGCGGAAUGCAGCAGCAGCAGACACCUGGCAACGAGAGCUCCGAGUGGGAAUCGGACUGGAACAGUGAUGACGAGCAGCUGCUGAAGGAAGGUGGUGAAAAGGCAGCCGCCGCUCUAAUUAGCAAUCUAGGAUAUGCAUCGGAUUCGUCGACCAGCAGCAAUGAGAGCGAGAAAUGUCCGAUCUGUUUACUGUCGCUGCAGGGACAGGAAAUCGGGGUCCCGGAGGUAUGUGAGCAUGUGUUCUGCGCUCCCUGCAUCGAGGAGUGGGCUAAGAAUGUGACGACUUGUCCCAUCGAUCGGAAGAAUUUCGACGUGCUUAACAUCUACAGCACUGUCACGAGGAAGGAACUGUUACGCCAGAAUAAGGUACAGAAAAAGGCUCCUGAGGAUGUACCGCUGCUGGAAGAUCACGAGCUGACCUACUGUGAAGUUUGCCGACGUCCGGAUCGGGAGGACACUAUGCUGUUGUGUGACUCGUGUAAUCUGGGUUAUCACAUGGAAUGUUUGGAUCCACCUCUGACGGAAGUUCCCUCGGGAUCGUGGUACUGCGAUUGUUGUUUCGCUUCCGGUUCAGACGAAGAUGACGAAGAGGUACAGGAUCUUCUCAAUGACCUCAACGAAAUUGGAGGAAUCCGUCAGAAUCGCUUGCGCGAGAGGUUGAACAGUCCACCGAGAAUCGUACGCACACGACAAAGCGAACGCAUUCGGUCGGCAAUUUUAACUCGUACUGCAACUAAUGUCCGCAUAAACGUAGUUCAAGAUUCAGCUCAACCUGGUCCUUCUUCUAGAAGAUCCGGUGCUUCAUCAAGCGCUGUCCGAACAUCGUCAACAUCAGCAGCAACACCCGCGAGAACAACGCGUAAGCGUUAUAAACGGCGUACUCGACGUAAAAUUCUUCGCAUGAUCAUCUCGGAAUAUGAUGUCAACGAUGGUGAUGACAAAUUUGCUAUAAAAAGAACUAAAAUUUAUAAGAAACUCAAGAAACUUAGCAAGAAACGUUCCAAGCGUAAACUCGCCAAAUGUCGCAGCAACCGCAAAAAGAAAGCAGUUGGUUUGACACCCGGUUUAACGGACGAAGCCGAGGCGUUGCAGAACCAACGUUUCAGUACAGGCAUUCCGACACUGAAAUUAUUCGGUGGGGCAAAUGAUUUGGAUUAUUUCUCAGACGAAGAUCGGGAAGAUAUGGAUGCAGACAUUUCUACUGGUCCGCUCGGAGAAACGGCCAUCCAGAGCAUUCGUGCUUCUCUACGAAAUCCUCUUGGGCGUCGUCGAGUUUUGAAAAGUGGAUUCGAGGCGAGCUCUAGCAGUGGACCAGUCGACCUACUCGGAAGCAUUUUGGAAAGUCAAGAGCGCUGGCACUCCAGCAAGGGUCUCGGAGAUGUCAAGAUCAACAACGGCAAAAUAGUUUUUCAAAUUGAAAAGCCUCAAAAGAAAAAUGCCAAUCCCCCGGGAGCCAUGCAAGCGGGAAUCGGGCAAAACUCACAGAAUAAUAACAACUUUUCCGCGGGAGCUCACACAGGAGCGGCUGAUUCUACCAGUUUCAAUCGUACUGCGGGCCCAAGCCAGUCAGUAGAAUAUGGACCGAGUUUACAAGGAACGAGCUCUUUGAGUGGAUUUGGUGCGAAUGAUCCGAACGAAGAUAGUGUUCCUGACCCUUCGGAUAUGUCGAUUUUCGUUGAUCUACCUCCUUUGAAAACACCGCCUCGCGAGGACGAAGAAAAGAAAAAGAAGAACGAAGGAUUGGAUAUGUUUGAUAUAGACAGUCCGAUUCCACUGCCCCCGAUGAAUCCAGCUCCUGAAAUAUCGGAACCUGAAGAUUCUAGCAAAACUGUUGUCGAUGCGCUGGCACCGGGGACAUCCAGAGGAUUUGGAAAGUUCAAAUUCACCAUGACCACGGAAACCAACAACUGUCCGAAUUUUUCUGUAUAUUCUUCUGAGACUCUUCAGUAUGCUAAAAGCGGUGGUGAAGAGCCAUACGAUCCUUUUAACAGUGAACAGAAAACUGAUGAUGAAUUUGACGAACGAGAUGAAGAUCUCGUUCAGCUUGACGACGAGGAACCGGUGGUAGCUCACAAACCCGCAGAUUCUCCAGUCGACACCGAUCAGGAAAAUAUCCCUAAUGGAACGGACAAAUUACCAACUGGAGUACCGGAUCACGAUGCGUUCGAAUCGGACUCUGAAGAUGAAUUGAAGAAAAUAGAAGAAGUUUCCACACCUGUUGGACCUGAACCAGAACCCACUAACGAACUGGAAACGCUUACUCCGCCACUCACGACGACGGUGGUUGCCGCAUUAGCAUGUACCACAACCGCUGUCAAAAUCACAGAUAGUUCCGUGCCGGAUACGGUUAUCACCGGCGAUGGUAUCACAACGACACCUCCGGUUAUUGCGGACAGCAUCACCGCUUCUCCAGUGAUUGCAGACAGCAUCACCGCUUCUCCAGUGAUUGCAGACAGCAUGGCAGUUUCACCAGGCAUUGCGGACACGGAAACCCCUCCCGUCUCUUCACCGAUAGAAGCUGCCAAUGUUACUGUUAACUCCGCACAAGGCGAAGAAGAUCGGAGCUACACGCCCUGUCUGGACGAGAAAUACCAGGAAGCACGCCGAGAGCAGGACAGAAGAAGUAGUUCACCGACAUUGCCGUUGUCGACUGAUGGCAUCGACGGGAUGGACACUGAGUUGAUCUCGGAAGAGGAGGAAAACAAUUUCCCAGAGGACGAAACACGGCCGUCAUCAGCUUCCAAACUGUUGGCGGGUGCCAAGAAGAAAGAGCUCGCCUUCAAAAAGGUUAACAAAAGAGGAAAGGAUCGAAACUAUCGCGACAAGGACGGUAAGAAAAAAGACCGUAACGAUGACAAGGAAAAUGAGUCGCGCCGUUCGCGGGAACGUAACAGAGAUCGACGUCCGAAGCGUAAGGAAAUGCCUCGUUACGACGUCCGCACCAUGAUGGAGAAGCGACCAAAGCCAGCGAAGGAUCCAUUCGGGCGGGAUGUUACACCGAAACCUCGCUCGAAGACACGCAGUAGAAGUCGAAGUCCGGAACGGCGACGGGAACUGUCGAUUUCACUGAGCCCCGAACCUCCACGUCGAUACACCAGACGGCGAUCAUUUUCGCCCAGAUUCAGAGCACGUAACCGAACUCCACCACAUUUCCGUAGAAAUGUUUCCAGAUCACCUUCCAGAGGACCUCGGAUGAGAUCUGCUAGCAGAUCUCGCUCCCGAUCAGCAGUUAUAGUUCGACAUCGUAAUCCUUCAAGGUCGCGUUCACCAUCGCCACUUCGUUUGCGUCUUCCUCCGCGACCAGUUUCCCGGUCUCCAAGACCUCGAUCCCGGUCACCGGAAAUCCGUGGAGCGAAAGUAAAGAAAACCAAGAAAAAGAAGCGCAUGACAUCGCCACCGGCUAGCAGAAGCCGCAGUCCAAGUAUGGAUCGUAGCAAAAAGAAGAACAAGAAAGGACGCAAGAAGAAAACCAAGCGUCGGUCAAGUACUCCUGCCAAAAAGAAAAAGACUAGAAGACGAUCUAUCUCACCGAUUGUACUACGCUCUCGCUCGAGGUCACCAUCAAUUUCGAACAUUGGAACGACCGGAGUAUUGACGGAAAGAUUCACCAAAGUGCGACAGCGAAACACCUGGACACCUCCCCAGCAGAUGCGACCGAAGACGAACGGCACGAAUCUAACAGUGAUUUUAACUAACGAGGAAGCCCUUGCAAAGCAGGCCAGAGAGCGCGAUCGGAAACGGAGAGAAGCUCGUCGUCGAGAACACCGAGCUCGUGACAAAAACCUACCCUCGAAGGAAGUAUUUACAUCAGGUGAUAAUAUAUUAGUUAGUGUUAGUUUUAAUGACAAAAAUCUGAAUAAAGAGAAUCAGGAGACGGCCGAUGGUCCGGUUUCGGUGGCAGCGACACAGAAGAGAUUGAAAGACAUGGCGAAGAAACGAACGGAUGCGGAAAAGGCCAAACGAAGGCGAAUGGAACGAUUGAAGAGAACACGUGGCGAAGCACCCAAACCAGUGGUUAUAAUUGAUCUGGAUCGAUCGCCGUUCCGUGUAAUGACACCAUCACCUAGGGCUAUCAUUGUGCUCAGUGACAGUGACACGGAGAAGGAGAAGGAUCGCCGUGAAGUGGAGUCCAGUCGAACUGGAACGGUAAGCACUCAGCAACCAAGUGUCGAGGUUAGCACGAAUGUACCAUCUUCGACGUUACGUAAGUCACCGGUCGAGCGACAUAUGGAGGAGGAUAUGUUCGGACCAAAAACCCCGCCCGGUUUCCCAGCACAGCAGCAAGCUCAACCGAAUAAAACUGCGGCACCAAAAUUCACCAUGCAAGUCAAAUCCAAACAGUCGAGCAUUCGUCCGUUAAACUUACUCUAUGAACCAGGGGAGCUGAACGAAGAUAAAACUCCCGAACGAAUGGAUAACACGGACAAUUCUAAUAUGAACUACAAUAUGGUUGGUCCUAACACUCCUCCGGAACCGGCUCCACAGUCACCAUCACCAGAUGUGUACGAUCCUUUCGAACCGACGAAAUCUCCUUCACCGUCGCCGCCUCGACGAGACAAUGCUUCAAUUGAGCGUCUCUCAGAUUUGGAUGAUGCGGUAUUACCAACUAGCAGUGGUAAAGUUGAUGGUGCCGACUCGGGCACUAGCGGUGAUCCAAAAGUGGAUUCUCAAAAUCAAGAUGAAGUCAUGAACGGUGAAAUGGAACCUCCACGGGGAAGCAAAAUCACAAUUCUCAGUAACAUAGUCAUCAGUCAACCCGCCAACAGCGGUCAAGGUGUGGUUAGUGGCUCGGGGGUUUCCGCUAGCCAGCACAACACUGGCGAUGAUUCCGACGUUAUCUUCGACGAUUUUGUUUCUUCGUCAGCACCGGCACCCAGUCAAUCCGUCGGUUACAGUUGUACCAACUCGAAUCCAAUCAAAUCGUACAGCACAGCCGCUAAUUCAUCGAGUUUAAUCUCGAAAUUACCACUGCCACCGGGUGUUAACGCUAACCAGAAGUUUACUGACUUCAUUAAUCCGACUGAUUCACCGUAUUCGCCUGGAGCGAGCGACUUCGAAGAUAUGUUCGAAACGGGAGCGGGUGACAUAGAUUCACCGCCGGCUGCACCAAUCAAACAAUCCUACAAACCUAUGAAGAUGAUGUCCAAAGGCGCGAAGAAAGGUGUGUUUGACAAUCUGUUCGGAAGUUCACCCAAUAACAACUUCAAACGCAUGAAGAAACCACCGCAUAAGAGACGAAGCAAAUUUAAGGGCGACGAUGACGAAGAUCUCUCCAAAUUGUCAGCGAAAGAAAGGUUCCUCAAAAAAUUAAAUCGCUUGGAACGAGUAGUGGAAGAAGUGAAAUUGGUCAUAAAACCCUUUUACAACAAGAAACAAAUCAACAAAGAAGAGUAUAAAGAUAUCUUACGGCGUGCUGUUCCGAAGAUCUGUCACAGUCGAACCGGUGAGAUCAACCCGAUUAAGAUCCAGAAACUAAUCAAGGCAUACGUGCGCAAGGUGCGCGCCAGAAGACGCCUCUUGAAGAAAGGCCAAGGGGCUGGAUUGGCAGGCGGUCCGCUUGGGUUUCCGGGAGUCAAUAGCAAUCCGAUGAUUAUUUAAAAGGCUGGAUACAAUUCUUCCGUUACGUAUGGCAGCACGAUUGCCACUACAAAAAAGCAAUGCACUUAUACCCGGAACAUGUGGGUAACGUGAGCGCAGGGUAAAGUUGAAUGAUUUGCUUCGUUGAUUGCCCAUUAUAUAUUUUUAUCGGAGUUUUCCUUUCGGUUUUACGCGUUCCACACUGUUUAGUCGCGGCGUUAACGCGUAUGUAUGUAAGUCCUAGUAAUACUUUUGUUACAUUCUGACGCUUUCACCUGUGCGUCAAGCGUGAGUUUGUAUUGCCCGGGUAGAAUUUUUUUCUGUUCCGGAAACGAAUCGGAACCAUUGGAAUGAAUUGAACAUACGAAAGAAAGUAAUACAAAUAUUGCAUUCUUAGAUUCCUUAUCGAAAAAUAAAGUUAUGCUGUUAGCAGUUCGUAACGACGGAACACACGAUCACGCAUCAAAUUAACUCGUAGUUCUGGUAGCAACAAAGACUCAACAGAAAAGGGCGAGUCUAGUAGAAAAAGGGGUAUUUAUAAUAACUAUCAUGAAAUAUUUAUUGGAUAUACACAAUUACUAGAGUUAAAGUAAGUUGAUUAGAUUGUGCUAUUUGUAGGAAAUAAUCUCUUUAAGAUACAUUAUCAGUGUAAAGUUUGUCCAAUUACAUGCUAGUGUUUAUCGAAUCUACGUUUGCCAACAUUUUUUAUUUCAUUUCCAUCACCACGCUACAUUUUCUGUGGCUACCGGACCGGUUGUUCGCUGGUGAACAAUGUUCGAGCGUUGGUUCUCGAAAAUCAACAUGCUUCCCGCUUAACCUAUCGUACUUUUUUCUUUGGUUUGAAGUGAUUUGUGUAAACAAAACCUUUCACAUCCAGGUACUACCGUAUGGACACACAAUUAUUUUUUUAUGAAUUUACGAAACCACAGUAGAAUUGGCUCCUACGGCUGCAUUAGGAAAUCACUAAGCUACUGUUAGUCUACUUAUAACCGGAUUAGUUCCAGGUGUCCCAUCACCGGUCGCAGAGGAAAGGUGAAAAUAAUCAUCUGCAGUUCCCUGUGUGUUUGACCGCCCCCGCAAUCAGUAAAUCAGAUAAUGGAACGAAGCUGUUUCGCUAAACUAGCCGAUCGAAAUAAUGCGAUUUAUUUGAAGCAUACCUAAAAGUGAAUAAUUUUAAAUUUGUAGUAUUGCCUACACACAUAUGAAUACAAUUAUAACAGAGAAAAUGCUAAUAAAACAUGAAUAGUUUAAGUCA